GAGGUUCAGAUGGAUUAUACUCCGUGCAGCCCUCUGGGUUGAGAUCAGUAAACAGGCGAGAGUUGAGGGGGGAAAGUUCCAGGGGUGGAUCCAGCGCACACACACACGCGCGUUCACACGCACAGCGGCGCGCAGACACACACGCACACUCUGCCCGCCAGCUGCCCUCGGAAAAAGCUCCGCUCUUUUCUCUCCGAGCCCCCUCUUUUUUUUUUUUUUUUUUUCUUCUUUCCAAAAUUCCUCCGAAAAGUUUCGAUUCCCCGUCUCCUCCGGCCUCCCCCGCCCUCCACCGCAACCACCCUCCCUCCCCCCCGCGGCCGGUCCCCGCUGCCCUGCCCCGGCACGGUUUGGGGCAUGCCUGUGAGCAUGUUCAGCAUCGACAACAUCCUGGCGGCCAGACCUCGCUGCAAGGACUCGGUGCUGCUGCCCCCGAGCGCCGCGCCCGUCGUCUUCCCCAGCCUCCACGGGGACUCGCUCUACGGCAGCGCCUCCGACUACGGCGGAUUUUACUCCCGGGCGGUGGCACCGGCCUCGGCGCUGCCGGCGGUCGGCGGGUCCCGGCUCGGCUACAACAACUACUACUACGGGCAGCUGCAUGUGCCCGCGUCCCCCGUGGGCCCCUCGUGUUGUGGGGCCGUGCCGGCCCUGGGAGCUCAGCAGUGCUCCUGCGUCCCCCCCGCAGGUUACGAGGGCACUGGCUCAGUGCUGAUGUCCCCUGUUCCCCAUCAGAUGUUGCCCUACAUGAACGUGGGCACUUUGUCCCGGACGGAGCUGCAGUUACUCAACCAGCUGCACUGCAGGCGAAAAAGACGGCACCGGACUAUCUUCACUGACGAGCAGCUAGAAGCGCUGGAAAACCUCUUCCAGGAAACCAAAUACCCAGACGUGGGCACCAGGGAACAGCUGGCCAGGAGGGUGCAUUUAAGAGAGGAAAAAGUGGAGGUUUGGUUCAAAAACCGCCGGGCGAAAUGGAGGAGGCAAAAGAGGUCGUCUUCGGAGGAGUCGGAAAACGCGCAAAAAUGGAAUAAAGUGUCCAAAACGUCUCCGGAGAAGAGGCAAGAAGACGGCAAAAGCGACUUGGACUCCGACAGCUGAUGCCUCGCGGGGGGCCGCUUCCCGUGGACUGUAGGAUACGCUCCGGAGGAUGCUACUAUCUUGCACAGGCUCUGCCUUGUCGGAGGGGGAAACUAUCUGUAUAUAAUGUACAAUACCCCGAGUUGAUUGCGUGUAAAUAAAAUGUGGUGCGGAGGUGUUGCACAGGUA